AUGUUUUCGAUUUUUGAAAUAUUAGCUUUAACAAUACUGUUCGCUAGUGUCGCUCAAAGUGACAUAUUCUCGCCAUGCCAUCUUAACGAUUUGGCUUGUGUUGCGACGUCCAUAAACAAUGCCCUGCCUCAGCUCUUGUCUGAAAACAAAGCCCUUGGGGUCGAAACAUCUGAUCCCUUGAAAGUUGACAUGAUUGAGGGAGACAUGUCCGGUAUUAAAUUUAAAUUUUUCUCUCCAAUCACUACCGGAUUCAAGAACUGUGUUGCGAAAAAUGUGAAAAUAAACUUAGAUACACUUACAAUACACCUGGAGCUUGACUGUCCGAAUCUAGAAACAACUGGCAAAUACGACAUCGCUGGACGUCUUAUCACUUUACCAAUUGAGGGAAAGGGAGACUUUAAAAUUUCUGCCGGAUCAUACAAUAUCAUUAUCGAUGGUGAUUUGGAAACUGUGGUUGGAGAUGACAACAAAGCAUAUCUCUCCAUCAAAUCUUUUAAACUGAAAAACGAAGCAACAGCUCCAAUUUCUUUUGACUUCAAACACCUUUUUAAUGGACAAAAGGAUCUGGCGAACGAUGCCCUCACUUUCGCUAACCAAAACUGGAAGAAGGUCUCCGGUCUCCUGCAGGAACCUAUAUGGAACAACAACAUGAAGAAAAUCAUUUCUAACAUCAACAAAUACUUAAUGACUGAACCCCUUGAUAAACUUUUCUUAUCAUCUUAA